CUCCCAACGCAUAAAAUCCAGAAAGACACCUUCGGGAGCGCUCUCUGUCAUUUUCUCUCUCUUUGGGACAACCGGAGAAUCCAAUAUUUCAGAGCUGCGAGGCUGUUAAGUUAAUGGAGAUUCUUGUAAAUGCCGGGUUUCCAACGCCUCAUCGUCGUUUCAUUCAGUACUUCCCCACAAACGGGCAGCCCUUGAGAGCUUGUGAAGUUCGUUGCUUGAGGAACGAUGCGAAUGCAAACAGCUCAAUUUCUGGACCUUCGAGGAUGGAGUUGGAAGGGCAUCAUAACAAGGAGAUACCUCCAGAGUCAUUUCAUUCGUCCAUUAGAGGACAACCAGAUCUGAAACAAAAUGACAUUUGGAAAUUUUUUAGAGAUGCUCAACAGAAUAUUAUCCACCUGAACAAGCAACGGCUUGCGGCAAUUGAGAAACUGAAUAAAGCACAGAAAGAGAAACGAGUUCUGAUGGACAGAAUAGAACAGUUGGAGCUUGGAACACAGGCUACCAUUGCAAAAGGUGCCCUGCCAAAAUCAGCCAAACCGUCAACUUUCUGUGAGUUGUUGCUUCGAAUAGAUUCAAUGGUACUAACAGGCAUGAUUAACACUGUUGAGGCAUCUGAUCUCAGAAGGGUGGUCAUGGACAACAAGGUUAUUGUGGGUGAUUUUUUUUCUCACAUCGAGCAAAAAAGAGAUGCUGAGCUGCUGGCAGAACUUCGCCAGUGGUCAGAUAAAAGCAAGCGGAAUGCAUUUCACAUUGUUCAUAUUUGUACUGAAAUGGCACCGGUGGCUGCAGUUGGACCUUUGGCAUCAUAUGUGACUGGCCUAUCUUGUGCCCUACAAAGAAAGGGAAACUUAUCUGAGGUUAUCUUGCCAAAGUAUGCUAGCCUGGACUUGAAGCAAGUUAAAGGAUUAAGGAAAGUUGAGGCAGAAUUUUAUUCUUUCUUCAAUGGUCAUUGGCAUGCAAACAGAAUCUGGACUGGUGUCGUAUAUGGUAUUGGAAUAACAUUUAUUGAACCUGUAAACCAUUCGGAACUUUUCAACCGUGAGAGGAUAUAUGGGUAUCCAGAUGACUUUGAACGAUUUGCCUAUUUUUCUCGGGCUUCCUUGGACUAUAUUGUGAAAUCUGGAAAGCAGCCUGAUGUUCUGCAUGUACACAACUGGCAAACUGCUAUUAUUGGGCCACUUUUUUGGGAUAUUUUUGUUAAUCAGGGAUUGGGCAGUACUAGAAUAUUGUUUACUUGCCAUGGCUUUAAUUCUCAGUGUUUGGAGCGACCAGAGAAGCUAGCAAUAUGUGGACUUGAUUCUUCUAGGCUUCAUCGCCCUGAUCGUUUGCAAGAUAACAUUAAGAAACAUCUUGUCAAUAUUUUGAAGGGUGGAGUUGUGUACUCCAAUAAGGUUGUUGUGAUGUCAUCUAUUCACUCAAAAAGCAGAAUCAUUCAGAGUCUGAGCCAUGGGUUGGAGUCCACCUUAUCCAUCCACAAGGACAAGUUGUUGAUUGCUUCAUAUGGACUUGAUGCCACUCUCUGGGAUCCUUCCAAAGACAAAUUUCUUCCAGCAAGGUAUUCUGCAGAGGACAUUAAAGGGAAAGCUAUUUGCAAAGUUGCACUGAUGCAACACCUUGGUUUACCUGGACUUGCUUCUACAGCUGUUGUUGGGUGUAUAUACCCAGAAAUUUUGGAUGUUGACUUGGAGAAGCUGAAGUCAGCUGUUUGGCUUGCUUCUAGAAAGGGAGCUCAGUUUAUCUUCAUGGGGGCUAGUAACAUACCAACCUUGACCACAACUCUGGCAUCAUUUCAGAAGGAGUUCAAGGAUCAAAAUGUAAGAUUUAUAAAUAAGCUCGAUGAAGCACUAUCACAUUUAAUCUUUGCAGGAUCAGAUAUCAUUCUGUGCCCAUCAUUUCAUGAUCCAGUGGUACAACUGCCACUUAAGGCUAUCAGGUAUGGAGCUGCUCCAGUUGCUGUGACAUUUAACAAUGAUGGGUUGAGUUCAAUGGAGCAUGACUUUGAAAGCACCAAGUCAUCAAAAAAAAUAUUAUCUGUUUUUGCAAAUAUGACGCUAAGCCAAGCUCUUGAUCAAUAUAAGAAUGACCAAACACAGUGGAGCUGGAAAAUAAAAGAUGCGAUGUCUAAAGACUUCUCAUGGGAUGCAGAAUGCUAUGAUGUACAUAUGGACGCUUACACAUCUAUAAAGAGCUUGUGAGACUUUGUUUAUUUGUACAUAUAUGUGGCCAUAAUGUAGACAUGAGAUAUGUAAGUAUUCUGACUAUUCAAAUGCCCGUGCAUCAAUUUUGCGUAUUUGAUAGAGUAGACAAUAUAUUUGUUAAAUAGUUAGUUUCUUAGAGGAGAAGAGGAAAAUUGUGAAAAACUAUUGCU